CUGUUUGUAGUCAUCACCGCGCACGCGCACUAUUCAAACUUGUGCCUUCCUCUAACCCCAAAAAUCGCCUUUUCAUGCCUUUUUUGCGCGAAUCGUGCCCAAAAAGGCCCCAAAUGAGCUAUGUUCAGUGCUGACUACAAGUGGCAACAUGACUACGUUCGUCUAGCCUUCGAUACAGGGUUUCGCUUCGAGCGACACAAGUCAGACAAUUUUGACAAAAACAGAAUAAGUUCCAUUGAUCUUGACCGGGUGGUCGAAGACCGGGACUUUGCCACCAUCGAAAAAUUCAUACCUUGUGUGACCAAGUUUGUGCUUGAUUCAGAGCAGGCGCAGCUUUUGGACGAAAGUUUCGUCAAGACGUUUCGGUUGAGCCAGCUUUCGAUUCAGUAUUUGCUUUAUUGUAAAAAGUAUCUCGAUAAUACUGUUAUUUUGGUUAAGGAUGAAGUGAAAAAGUUGAAAGAGGAAAAUAAGGAGCUGAAUCUGUUCGUGGAGGACCUGAAGGGGCACAUUGAGACUUUAAUGAAAGAGAUUGACGAAAAACCGGUGUUUAGGUGCAAUCAGUGCGAUAAAGCGUUUUCAACUGAGGAGUUUCUGAGUUCGCAUAUUAAGCGGCGUCAUACACUUAUUGUAGAAGCAGAAACUGAUAAAUUACAGAUGGAAAUAAAAGAGCUAAAAGGGAGACUUAAUAACGCUGAGAAGAUGAUUCAAAAGGAGCAGGACGUAGAUGCUAAUUUUAGCAAAGACACGGAACUGAGGAAGAUUGAAGACUUGCAACAGAAAUUUGAAGAUUUGAGGCUUCAAGUUCAGUCAGAGUUGAAGAUUUUGCAAAGUCAGCACAAUUUUCAGGAGAAGUGGUUUGAGAAAUUCGUUAGUGGGAGCGAUUUGCGCAGGCGCAGAGAGAGCACGACGCAGACUGACUUAGGCGCGGAUUCGCAGGCAGUGACACCAACUUACAAGUUUGAUGAGAAGGAUAAGGAAAAUAUUCCUGAGAUUAGUGACACCCAGAAACAGAUGGCUGAAUUUGGAGAAGCUCUAGAGACAAAAGUCACUUCUAGUCUUCAAAAAAUCGAGAAUCAGAUGCAGUCGUUUUGGAACAAAUUGAGCGACAUGGAGCGAUAUAGAGUGAAGAAUGAAGAUCUUGAGAAGCCUAAACCUGCAGUGAAAGCUAGGAAAAAGUUUACUUUAGUAGAAUUAGUGAAGAGUGAAGAUACAACUGUAACAAAAGAAUCUCUAGAAAGUGAAUCAAGAAAGUCAGAAAGUGAAACUAACUCUGAAGAGAUUGCUGCAACUGGGAAGAAACAUUCUCCUGUGAGAGUAGUCGCAACACAAUUGAAGAAAAGUCCGUUUAAGGUGCAAACAAGUAAAAGUCUAGAGUCAACAGAUCAUGAAGAUGAAGAUACAAUUACUUCUGAGACUAUAGUUUCAGAAGCAGAAAUUGCUGAUUCGCCUGAAGAAGAACAAGAAGAAGAGGAAGAAACCCCUCCUAAACCUAAACCAAUUCCUAGAAAACGCCCACACAGUUCUGACAAAAAAAGUUACAUAGAUGAAGAACUCCUCAAGCACUUUAGGGUUACAGUGGAGAACAUUAUAAUGGCGCGAAUCCAGGACUUGGGGGUUUCGCCAGAUUGGAAAGGACUUCCAGCACGUUCCUUCAACAGAGCGAUGGAAAUUGUGAACCAUCAAGCAACUCUAACAAAGAAGACUUACCCAAAUUUCGACUUUAUCUCAUCACAGAUUGAGAAAACCGUGACUAAAAAAGUCGAAGAAACAAAAACGAAACGACUUAAGAAAGUAAUUAAAGCGAAACCACAAAAAGCGGAACCGAAAAAAGAAAAGUCGCCGAAAAUCGAGAUUAAAAAUCGAAAAAUGUAUGACACUGAUUCGGAUACAGACAGCAAGCCGCAAGCUAGAGACAAUCUGGGGGAGUUUUCGGCCCCCUAUUCCGCCGUCAUAGAAGAACUGAAGGCCGUCACGUCAAAACUAGACACAAAAGAACUUCCAAAAGAGGACCAAACGAAAGGAGUACUAAAAAGCUACCCCUCUGUGGGUUCCCUAACCAAGAAAAAAGUCCUUUUUAAUUUAAACACCGACGAAGACGACGAAGAAGACGAAAAAAAGGACGUGUCGUUUAAAGAUGGCGGCAGCAGCACCAGCAUCACCAGCUCCGUCUUCGACGCGACCCCCAGAAAAGAAGACAAGAAAAAGGACAAGGAAAAAGAUAUUGAGGACUUAUCUGACUUUGACUUUAGUGACAUGUAGUUUUUAUUUUCCGUUAUGAAUUCAAACACGAUUUAUCUAGUCUCUAGUCAUAAUAAACAUUUUUAGAUUGCGGUUUU